AUGAACAUUGAAGGUCAUGUCAGAAACUUUGAAACACAUGAACUACCAACAAUGUUAGAUAAAAAAGCAGAUAAAGAACAUACACAUAACUCCUUCUCAACUGUUGCUAUAGAAAGUAUUGAAGGAACGGUUGAAGAAACUGGUGGGGAUACAUUAUAUUGUAAACCUCCUAACUUUCCACAAGGUUUAACAUCGGAUGACGACAUAACGACGAUGAGAAACAUUAGAUGUAAAGAUGUUUAUGUCAUGAAGGAUGAACAUAAUAUUAAAUUCACUGCUCAAGAUUUAUAUGACAAGAAAGCAGACAAAACAGAGCUUCAAACAUUAAAGACAGAAAUACUUCAAACAUUAUAUCCUGUUGGUUCUAUUUAUACGUCAAUGAACUCAACAAAUCCAGAAACAGUUCUGGGUUUUGGUACAUGGCAGCAGAUUGUAGACAAAUUCUUAUACUGUGCAAACUCUUCAAAGCAAACAGGAGGUUCGAAGAAAAUUACUGAAGCAAACCUUCCACCGCACACUCAUACAGGAACUACAAACACAACAGGUAGUCAUUCACAUUCAAUAACAAAAAGAGGUUAUACAAAUCUUGCAGCAGGUUCGGAUAGACAGGGAAUGCAUAGAUAUGAUAUUUCAAGUGACCCAGUAGAUUCAAGCGCAGGUAUUUUCUGUGGAACCACAGGAAAUCAUUCACACACUUUCACAACAAAUCCAACAGGCUCGGGUGCAGAUUAUAUGCCACCAUUUAUGACUGUAUUCGCUUGGUUCAGAGCUGCUUAA